AACGCAGCAUGUGUAACGUCAUCACUAUCCCGUCAGUCGCCUGGCUGCGCAGCGCCGUGCGCCGGUGGCGGGCCCGCCGCUCCACCUCCUCCCCGGUGCCGGCGGGGCACGUGGCGGUGUGCGCGGAGGGCGCGCGGUUCAUGGUGCGGCUGGCGCACCUGAGCCACCCAGCGUUCAUGGAGCUGCUCCGGCAGGCGGAGGAGGAGUACGGCUUCCCGUCCGGCGCCUCCGGCCCCGUCGCGCUCCCCUGCGAUGAGGACCGCCUCCGCGACGUCCUCCGCCGCGUCUCUUCCUCGUCCGACUCCAAGGAGCCGCGCCGUUCCUCCUUCUGCCGCCGGCGCGGUGACUCGCGGCCGCUGCUGCAAGGGUUGGCCGUGGAGAAGCUCUUCUUGCGAGCGAUCGACCAACAGGGCGCGUGCAGCAGCACCGAACGAUCGAGCAGCGCAGCGCCCAAUUUCUGCGCGCCACAUCAGCCACUGGUGACAAACAAGGUAUUCCGGCGAAAGCGGCCGUGAAGACCGAUUGGGCCGGCGUGGCGGCGUGCUCCUUUGCCCAGCGUGAUGCCGGCCGGCGACCGGACGCGCUAGAGCUAGGCAGUACAGCAUGUGAUGGUGAUGGUAGUAACUGAUUGAAGA